AUGUGGAAUACAGGCAUCCGGCAGCUGACAGGCAAAGGCUAUAUGCAGUCCGCUUCAGCUUAUCCAGGUCUUCGCGCGGCCGGGCUCCAGGUCUUCUUCCCGGCCAAGCUCCUUCAGGGCCUCCAACCUCUUAUGGGCCGACAUAUCCACAGCCCUCGCAGCCCAGUGAGGUGCCGCAAACCUCUUGGGAGGGCGGAGAGAUCGGUGGAGGAGAGACAGUUGUGGCUACCAGCAACUCAUGGUCAGGAGGAGAACAACAGUGGAGUCAGGAUGGUGGUUAUGCACACAAUACACAGCCAGCCCAAGCUCCACAAGCUGCAGAUUGGAAUCAAGGAGCGCAAGACAAUGGCUGGAACCAGGGAGGACAAGAUAAUGGAUGGAGUCAACAAAAUCAAGCCGGUGGCGAUGCCGCUUGGGGAAACUGGUCUGGCACACAGCAGCCUGCGCAGCAGCCUGCACAGCAGAAUGAUAGCUGGGGCAAUUGGGGUGGCUCUGCAGCCCAGACAGCACAGUCUUGGGAGGAUGCAGAGAAGAGACGUUGGGAAAACUAUUGGAAGGAUUUCAAGGAGGCUCAGGACUACUAUGUGGAGAGGGGGGGUUCCCCCAGGAACUAAUGUGACCGCCGAUCCUUUCCACGGGCAACGAGAAGCGCGAGCCACUGGUGAAGACUUUGAUCUUUACGACUCGGUCUCGGUGAACGUCACCGGCACGGGCGCGGAAUGCUUGCCCAGUCUCACGACCUUCCAAGACAUGUUCGACCGCUUUUCGGAUAAGAUUCCAAAAACGCUUCAUGACAACAUGAAGCAGUGCGGUUUUGUACGCCCCACGCCGGUGCAAAAGUAUGCGAUCCCCGCCGGACUGGAAGGUCGCGAUGUCAUGUGUUCCGCGCAGACGGGCAGCGGCAAGACCGCGGCCUUCCUGAUUCCCAUGCUCGCGAGCAUGAUCAAGAACCACCAUGCCAUCGGAGAUCUGGAGACGCCCUUCACUGGUCCGUGCAAACCCGACACACUCAUCUUCUCGCCCACCAGAGAGCUUUGUAUCCAGACCUACGAGGAUGCCUUGAGAUUUUGCUAUCAGACCUCGCACAGAUGUACGCGCGUGUAUGGCCAAGAGAGCGCCAAGCGCCAGAUCGCCGAGCUGGCCAAAGGUGCCGAUCUCAUUGUCGCGACCGUGGGGCGACUCUACGACUUCGUAAAAGCUGGGAUCAUCAACGUGGAGGAAGUGAACUGCUUGGUGCUCGAUGAGGCCGAUCGCAUGCUGGACAUGGGCUUCGAGGUGCAGAUCAAAGAGAUUGCCUUUUGGAGAGCGGUUUAG